AAAAAAAGAACCACUCGCCAUUCCUUAAUCAAAAACACGCCCCUUCCACCAUGUCUCGCCACCUCGACCUCGACUUCAUGCCCACGGCAAAAUGCGCGCCCAGCUCGCCCUACAACACACGGCAUUUUGACGAGCGCGCCCCGACGGGCCCGCGCAAAGGCUAACAAGAAAAAAAAGGAGUCGAUCAAGAAGAGAAAAAAGGAGUAAAAAUGAGCUCUCCGCGGGACCACCUCCCACCCCGGUUGUCCGUCGACGACAUCCACCGUCUGAUCAGACACCUCUCCCUCCCGCUCCCGACAUCGGUCGAGGCGCUGCAGGUCACGGCUGCCUUCCACUCCAUCUACCUGCUCAACUAUCCGGCAUCGACGCCCGCCAUCGAGGCGCUGCUGCCCGCGGGGGGCGCCCACAGCCGACAGCAGCGGCGGCGGCGGCGGCGGCCCGACGGCUCCACGACGACGACGACAACGCUGGUGCUGCGCAUCUCGGGCAACCACAUCCCGCGCAUCAAGACGGUCAACGAGGUGGCCACCAUGACGUGGGUGCGCGAGCACACGAGCAUCCCCGUGCCGGCCGUCGUGGCGUGGGACGGCGUGGGCGAGGGCACCAACCCGCUCGGGCGCGAGUUCACGCUGCUCGAGUGGGUGCCGGGCCGGAGCGUGGACCGCAUGUACAGGGACAUGUCGGAAGAGGCCAAGCUCAGGCUCGUGGAGCAGCUGACCGACUACCUCGUCGAGCUCAACGGCUUCGAGUGGCAUCACGUCGGCGGGCUGCGCUUCGACGCCGACGGCCGCGUCGCGCCGGGCCGCUUCCUCGACGACACCUUUUGGCUGCUGCCGGACGUGGAGCGGCUGUGGCCUCCCCGGGGGGGCCAGCAGCAGCAGCAGGAGGAGGUGAGCAUCGACACGCUCAACCCGAGGGGGCCGUUUGCGUCGCACGCGGCCUUUAUCGCGGGCUACGUCGAGUGCUUCAUCCGCGGCAUCGACGCACACCCGUCGCUGGCGUGGCUGCGCGACACGAUCCCGCGGCUGCGCGCCCUCGCGGACCUGCUCCCGCGGCUGCCGUCACUGGCAGCGACGCGGCUCGUGCUCGCGCACAAGGACAUGCACCACGCCAACGUCAUGGCGCUCGAGGACGGGACCAUCACGGGGGUGCUGGACUGGGAGUUUGCGGGCGUGGUGCCGGCGCACCGGUGGGACGCGGCGCGGGCGUUCCUGCACCCGUGGACGGGGGAGCCCGACGACGUGCAGGAGCGGGAGAAGGCGCGCAUGAUGAGGGUCUUUGAGGGCGUGCUGGAGCGCAAGGGGGUGGCCCCCUGGUGGCGGCUGGAGGCGGUUCACGAUGAUGGCGUGACGGAGGACGUGUGGACGGUGGUGCGGUUUACGCGCGCGCUGGUCGAGGUGUGUCCGAGGGGCCAGAAGGCGGACAAGGUGGCCGACUGGAGGAGGGCCGUGGAAGAUGCCCUUUCCAGGCUGGGUGUGUGAGCGUUGGAGGGGACGGGAUGGCUUCACAUCACUUAUACAUGCAUGCCUCGCUGCACUGGGUAGACGUCAUCAUCAAAAUGUCACGGCGCGAGAACAACAAAGCUCGCGAGUCUAUUCACAGCGCCGCCUCCUUACUCGCCGGCACGAGGCGGUAGCCCCAUUUUCCUGACCAGCGCCUCGGCAAUGUCCCUAGCGAAUCCCUCAUCGUUGAUGGCCCGCUCAUCCUCCACGACCUCGAUGCCCGAGCCCUCCAGCCCCUUUCUCACCGCGUCAAACAGCGCCGCGUCCGCCUCGGCGUCCGCAAAGGGCCCGCCCUCCACCGAGAUGGCGCUCACGCCGCCCCUGGGGAUCCAGACCUGCACCAUGUCGGGCCUCGCCGCGCCGUCCCUGAGCUUGGCGCUGAUGAAGUCGCCGAUGCGGCGGCACUCGUCGGGCGAGGUGCGCAUCAGCGUGACGAUGGGGUUGUGCUCGUGCAGGGUCCUGCCGGCGGCGGCGUAGCGCUCCGGCACGCUGUUCCGGGGGCCGAAGUUGACCAUGUCGAGGGCGCCCAGCGACACUACGUAGGGGAUGCCGCGGGCGGGGGCCGCGGCGAGGCGUUCCGGGCCGGCGGAGAGGACGCCGCCGGCGAUGUGGUCGGCGACCUCGGUGGUGGUGAGGUCGAGGACGGCGUCGAGGGCGUGGGCGCGGACGAGGCGCUCGAGGGAGAGGCCGCCUGUGCCGGUGGCGUGGAAGACGUACGUCUGGAUGGGGUACGCGGCCUCGAGGUGCGCGCGGAUGGCGUCGACGGCGGGGGUGGUGACGCCGAACAUGGUGAUGCCGACGCGGUGUUUCUUCUUCUUCUCCUCCUGCUUCUCUCCCUUUGGCGACUCAUCGUCUUCUCGCUCGGUGGCGUGCCGGCUGGCGUACGAGAGAGCCGCGCCGGCUAUGGCUGCCCCGGCGUUGGAGAGCACGUCGCGCAGCACGUCGUUGAGCCCGGCGACGUCGACGACCGAGUACAUGACGGCCAUGUCCGUCUCGCCGAUGACGGGGCGGACGUCGCCGCUGGCCAUGGUCGAGACGAUGAGCUUGGGGAAGCCUAUGGGGAGGGCGGCGCGCAUGGCCGACGCGGCGAGCGAGGUACCGCCCGAGCCGCCCGCGGACACGGCGCCGUGGAUGCGCCGCUGGGCGUGCAGGCGCUCGAGGAGGGAGGCGGCGCGGCGAGCGAUGUGGGCGAUGAACUGGCCGCGCGUGAGGGCGGAGAUGUCGUCAUCAUCGUUGUUGUUGUCUUGAGCCUCGUGACGAUGCUCAUCAUCAUCGUCGGCGGUUGAGGGCUGCUGGGCGAGGACCUCGGCUUGCGGGACGGUUAUGUCUGGGUGCGACGCGGGGUGGCGGCCGACGUCGAUGAGGAUGACGGAGAGGGACGGGUUGGACGAGAGGAUGGCGGCGCGGAGGAAGAGGAGCUCGUGGAGCUUGGUGUCGCAGGUGCCGAGCAGGGCGACGGCGGCCAUGGCUGCC